ACGGCAGUUUGUUGUCUGUGGGUUCGGUUUGCUGCGCGUUUUUCUCCGCUUUUUACCGCUGCCACUCUCCUCUGCGCGCGCCGCCUGCGUCAUUAAUUGUUUGUUUGCUUGUUUGUGUGCGCUUGUUGUAGCUGGCAUUAAGCUUAGUGCGUCAUCACGACCGUCCGCCCGAUUGUGCAAUCGAGGAGAGUCGAACAUGUCAGCGACACACCGAGCUCUGCCAUUGUGGCUGGCCGCUUUCCUGAUGCUGCUGAGCCUCCAGCACUGCCUGGCCAUCGAGUGCUACGUGUGCGAUGCCUCCGAUACGCUGAAUCCGUUCCAAUGCGGGGAAUGGUUCGACCGCUUCGACGAGCCCGACAUACAGCCCCACAACUGCUCCAACGUGCACGGCGCCAAGUUCUGUGUGAAGCAUGUGGGUCGCUUUGAGGGCGGCAUUGGUGCGAAGCGCUUCUGCAGCUCCAAGGACUUGGGCAACUAUUGCGACUAUGUGAGCAAUAAGGGCGAUCGCAUGGAAUAUCGCAGCUGCAUCUAUACCUGCGACACGGACGGGUGCAAUGGAGCCCCGCUUGGGGCUCAUCAGUCCACACUUGGCUGGGGUGUGAUGCUCGCCUCCGCUCUAACCGCUGCGUCUCUGGCAACAGUGUGGCAACGCUGAGCUCUGCUGUGCUCAGAGAGUCAGGCGAGAGAGCGUUUUUAGCUUUGUAAACAAAGAAGACGCGCCACCAACAACAACAAUGCUGCUCUUAUAACAAAACUACAACUACAACCCCAGCAAGCUAUUGUCUUUGUGUGUUGUCUUGCGGUUAGCGUUUUUUUCGUUAGUUUUUUUUUUUAAUAGUGUCUAAUUAGUUUGUAAGCCGAACAAAAAAUAAAGUUGCUACUAAUAAUGUUACUUAAAAACAAUAACAAAUCAGUGUGUUUUCCAUGUCAACCAACUGCUGUCAUUGGCAACCAAACUAUAAAGAUAGUAGGAGAGGGCCCAUGAAGUGGCUCCUUUUUUUGGGUUGGUGCUUAAAACACCACACCUGCUGGUUUUCGGAUUUGGAAAGCGUGCUGCCACCAUUCAAACUAUACAAGUAUAUUAUGAAUGUUUCCUCCAAAAUGUAUUACAUAUCUACGAGUAUUAAUUUGUAUUUAUUAUUCUACUACAUUUAUGCUAAUGUGCCAAAUGUUUUCCACAACUUUGAUGUCUGUGCUAUACUUGUAUAUGAAAUAAAAGAAUAUAAAGUAAA